AUGUUCAUUUUGAAUCCGAUACUCAUGGGGCUCCUCAAACUCGGUGUCGUCAUCGACUGUGGCCUGAUUGACAAUCCCCGGAUCGGAUUCGAUGUGCCGUUCGGGGUGCGCGUUGAUAUUGCCAUCGAGCCGAGUAAUUGCCUAGACUUCGUUGGAUUGUAUUUCAACAACAAAUCUCCUGGAGAGAAGCUUCAAGGGAUGGUACAGGUCAAUGCCAUGACACCGUGGGAACUUACGCCGGUGCGGGUAGACAAAUGGCGUGAGGCUCGGGCAAGGCAUGACGCAGAGGGUUUCGCCAAAGAUCCUGUUGGACUCGUGGAUUUCAUCGACGUUAGCUGCACAGAGGACCUAGGGAAUGCAGUAACCGCUGAGUUACACUUCCCACCUAUUAUCCUUGAUAUGGCAAAGGCGCGGGAACCAUUCUUAGGUGUCUCUGCUGUCACGGGCGCUGAAAUUAGGAAACCCAUGAGUGCUAUGACAUGUCUAGAGACUCUCAACAUGCAUAUUCGGGCAGAUAAGGAGAAUCAGUUGCAUUUACGCACUGAGAUGACAGAUCAAGAUAAGGAAGUUAUUCGCGCUGCAGGUCGCAACGAGAACACAUAUCUGGCUCGCAUUGUUAAAGAGAAGAUGCGAAGAGAACACAUAUAUGCCGAUAUGGUGCGACUGACACGCUAA